AUGGCUAGUUUCGCCCUCAUCUGGAGAGUCAGGAGGAGGGUCUUCUGCUGUGUUCAUCUGGAGAGUCAGGAGGAUGGUCUUCUGCUGUCUUCUGCUGUGUUCAUCUGGAGAGUCAGGAGGAGGGUCUUCUGCUGUGUUCAUCCGGAGAGUCAGGAGGAUGGUCUUCUGCUGUGUUCAUCUGGAGAGUCAGGAGGAUGGUCUUCUGCUGUGUUCAUCUGGAGAGUCAGGAGGAGGGUCUUCUGCUGUGUUCAUCUGGAGAGUCAGGAGGAUGGUCUUCUGCUGUGUUCAUCUGGAGAGUCAGGAGGAGGGUCUUCUGCUGUGUUCAUCUGGAGAGUCAGGAGGAGGGUCUUCUGCUGUGUUCAUCUGGAGAGUCAGGAGGAGGGUCUUCUGCUGUGUUCAUCUGGAGAGUCAGGAGGAGGGUCUUCUGCUGUGUUCAUCUGGAGAGUCAGGAGGAGGGUCUUCUGCUGUGUUCAUCUGGAGAGUCAGGAGGAUGGUCUUCUGCUGUGUUCAUCUGGAGAGUCAGGAGGAUGGUCUUCUGCUGUGUUCAUCUGGAGAGUCAGGAGGAGGGUCUUCUGCUGUGUUCAUCUGGAGAGUCAGGAGGAGGGUCUUCUGCUGUGUUCAUCUGGAGAGUCAGGAGGAUGGUCUUCUGCUGUGUUCAUCUGGAGAGUCAGGAGGAUGGUCUUCUGCUGUGUUCAUCUGGAGAGUCAGGAGGAUGGUCUUCUGCUGUGUUCAUCUGGAGAGUCAGGAGGAGGGUCUUCUGCUGUGUUCAUCUGGAGAGUCAGGAGGAGGGUCUUCUGCUGUGUUCAUCUGGAGAGUCAGGAGGAGGGUCUUCUGCUGUGUUCAUCUGGAGAGUCAGGAGGAUGGUCUUCUGCUGUGUUCAUCUGGAGAGUCAGGAGGAGGGUCUUCUGCUGUGUUCAUCUGGAGAGUCAGGAGGAGGGUCUUCUGCUGUGUUCAUCUGGAGAGUCAGGAGGAGGGUCUUCUGCUGUGUUCAUCUGGAGAGUCAGGAGGAGGGUCUUCUGCUGUGUUCAUCUGGAGAGUCAGGAGGAGGGUCUUCUGCUGUGUUCAUGGAGUGCAUGCUACAACAAAAGGCAGAUAGCUAUACAAGAAAUAUGA